CUGUGUGCAGGGCUAUCAUGUGUGCUCGUUUGUAAGACAUUCAUGACUGUCUACCAUAACACAAGCCACCUUAGUUUGAUUUGUUUCCCAACUGGUUUUUAAUCAUUACAUUUCGAUUUCAAACUCAAGCGUUGGUUCUUUCGAUGUGUAUAGCGUGACAGAUCGAGAACCAUGACAGCUCAAGAGAAAGUUAGACUAGCCUGCGGUAUUUGUUUUAUUCUGGCUCUUGGACAGGCUAUCUUCUUGCUGUCAAGAGGACACAAGCACCACCAUGAUGUUCAAGCACUAGUCGGUUUGGGGCUAGGAAUGACGAUAAGUGCAGCUCUAUUUACAUUCACCAUGUGCUCUCAUCACUGCAGUCCGUUCAUUUCUAUCAAAGUACUCGUUCUGAAGUAUGCCUUUCAUUGGCUUCUUUGGUUUUUGAAACGAAAGCACUGGCAUGCCUUCCAAAAGAGCAACGAGAAUUGUACGAAAGCCCAGUCCGAGUUCCUAUUGAAGACAAUCCGCAAACACCAAGACACCGCGUACGGGAAGGACUUCAACUUGAAGGAGAUAUCUUCUGUCGAAGACUUCCUCAAGAAACAUCCUCUGACAACCUACGACCAUUACCGAAAAUACAUUAAACGGGUGGCUGAGGGAGAGCAAGGCGUCAUGUUCCACAAAAAACCUAGUGUCCUUGGUAAGACGUCAGGGACCACAGGUUUGGCCAAAGUGUUUCCGGUUAGUGAAGAAUACAUGAAUAACAUUACUCUAAGAGGAAACGCCGUGACGUCAGCCCUUCGAAAUCAGGCUGGCAUUGCUGAUCCCAAACCACUACAAAUGACGUGUUCGCUUUUAGUACAUGGUGCUGUAGGUUUCUCGGAAGGAGGCACCCCAGUUGGGUCGGUGACCGCGUUCAUGAUGUCAGAUGCCAUCAGGGAGAUUCUAUUCUGUACGCCACCACUUGGUGCAAGCAUAGUGCACGAGCCAACUUCUAUGUACAUCCACGCCCUCUUCGCGCUUCGAGAUGAACACCUUGGCAGCAUCUGGUCUCCUUUCGCCUCCUCCCUCUUCAUCUUCUUCCGUUUCCUGGAGGUAUCCUGGAACAUGCUGGUGCAGGAUAUCCGCAGUGGUUCCAUCUCUGAAAAGCUGCCGUCACUGUCUCCUAGGGAUCGAGAAGAACUCAAUAGAUUCCUCUACCCAAUGCCCGAUCGAGCCAAUGAGAUAGAGAGACAGUUCCGUAUGGGGUUCGACAACAUUGUGAGUAGGUUGUGGCCGAGAAUGCCCGUACUGUACGGUGUUACAUCAGGUUCCAUGCAGCCAUUUGUACAACGUCUCAAGAAGUAUAGUGGAGAUUUGAAAAUCCUGUCGGGUUUCUAUAUUUCUACUGAGGGCCUUGUUGGAUACGCAUGUGAGUUCCCAGAUGACGGACAGACGAAAUACGUGUGCGUAGCAGACGGUAUAUUCUGUGAAUUUAUACCUGCUGAUUACUGUGAGGAUGAAAACCCAGGUACUCUGUUGAUGGAUGAGGUACGGGAAGGAGAAUGCUACGAGCUGGUCAUUACCAAUACAGAUGGUCUCUAUAGAUACCGGAUGGGUGAUGUCGUCCUCAUUACAGGGUUCUACAAUACCACGCCCAUCUUCCAGUUCCAAUAUAGGAAUGGAGAACUGCUGAGUCUGUGUGCCGAGAAAACAUCUGAGGUGGCGGUGACCAAAGCUCUGGAGGAAACAGCCGAGAAAUGGGACGAUGUCGAGAUCGCGCAGUAUGUGUGUGCAGAGAGUCCUCUCUACGAUGAGGCAAGAGGCACGAAUGAAGACUUGAGUGCAAACAUUCUUUAUUACGUCAUCUUCGUAGAGCUUUCAGCUUCCACGGACUCACUGCUAACAUCGGUUCGCAAUGUACAGAUGAAGUUCGAGGCUGAGUUUGACGCUAACCUUAGGACCUUCUCGGAGUCUUAUGACAAGUGCAGGGAGAAGAGCAAGCUGGGUCCUCCCCGCGUCGUCUUCCUCGAUCGCCACGCCUUCUCCCACUUCAGAGGGUACCUCCUGGAGACGUCAACAGCCUCUGCGGGACAGUUCAAGAUUCCCAAGAAACUUCGCGAGCUAAGGUGGAUCCAACUCUUCCUGAGCCACGAGAUCAAGACCGUUUCCGUCAAUGAUAAGGUGGAGGAUAAGGUCGAUGAUAAGGCCGAGGACGAGGUCGAGGACUUGUCCAAAGUCACCGGUGAUGAUCUUGUAUAGACAGAAAACAAUGUUUCAGGGAAAGAACUCACUGGAUUCAUUGUCAGAAAGUACUAUUUGUUAUGUUGUUUAUAUUUAUAUGGAAUACAGAAGAAAGUAAAUCAUAUCAAAUUAAAUCAAAUCAAGCAAUCUAUUUCAUUUCCAAUAUUGUUGCAAUUAAUUAUAUCUUACUAUUUCAUAUCAGAUCUGAAACAUGAAAAUAAUCGUAAGUUACUACUGUGGAGUUGUGAUUGCUUGCAGGAAAUACGAUUAAUUUGAAGCUGGCGCAAUGCAACGUUACAUUGGAGAAGUAAAUUCUACUUUUCUUGAGUUAUGUUAUAAAAAGACAGUGAUGCCAGAAAUCUAUGUUUCUUCAUUACUCGGAGCUUUCUACAAAUCAGUCGUAGAAUUUGUUUUAAAGGUGGUAGAUCGGGGCACUGGAUUUAGUGGGUGUAGAGGAUGGCUUACUUGAGUGGAACAUUACUAUAUUUAAAGUAAACUUUGUUCAAGAUUAUAAUUGUAAAACAGCAUCUGAGGAACAGCAGGAACUAAUACUUCAGCAAGCUCUGCUUAUAGUUAGUUCCUCUUUUCUCGUGCUAUUUCUAUUAUAUUUGUCGUUUCAUUGUAUAUAUUUGUAAUAUACUUAUUCAUUGUAUUAUGUUUUGCAUGAGAAAUAAAAUCAUUUUAAUAAAAAACGAACUAAAAAAUAACAACAUAUUGUCAUGCACGGGGGCCGGUAGUAGGUAUUUUUUUUAAAAUUGGGUCUAGAAGAAAAAAAAAAUCUCUUAAUCAGGAGGAAAUGUUUAAGAAACUUUUUGAUAU